GGACGUUGAAACGUCAGAAGGUGGCGGUAAUGUGAACGGCUGUUGACCAAAAAAAAGAAGAAACGUUAGGGACAGGGUUGGCUCGCGUUAAAGAAGCUGUAGCUAAUCAGGAGUUUAAUUCUUUGCACACAGGGGCUAAUUUUAAGUACAUUGUUUAAAAAAAGAAACUUGAGAUAUAUAGACAAUCAUUCAAGGUUGUAAUAAUUCGCCAGGAGCGGGUUACGUAAGAGACACUUAGCGUGAACGCGCGAAACCAGAUGUGAGUCAAAACUGAUGGAGUCACAGAAGAAGAGCAGUCAACCUGCAAAUAAGACUUCAGCGUCUGAGGAGCACGAAGAGGAGCAGUGCUGCGCUGAUACUUCCUGUGAAAACAAUGAGAAGCAGGGGCCUUCAUCACCAAAACAGGGAGAUUUCAGUGAUCCGGUAUAUAAAGAGAUCGCGAUGGAAAACGGCGCCAUCAACCGAAUGAACAGAGAUGAGCUGUGUGCAAAAUGUGCUGAGCUGAAGCUUGACACGCGGGGAGUUAAGGAUGUCCUGAAGAAGCGCCUAAAAAGUUACUACAAAAGGCAAAAACUGAUGCAUUCAGCUGCUGCAAAUGGGAACAGUGCUGUAUAUUUUGACUACAUCUGUGUUGUGGAUUAUGAAGCAACAUGUGAAGAGAAUAACCCACCUGACUACCUGCAUGAAAUCAUUGAGUUUCCCAUGGUGUUGAUCGACACACACACCUUGGAGAUUGUAGACUCAUUUCAGGAGUAUGUGAAGCCAGUACUGAACCCGCAGCUUUCUGAGUUUUGUGUAAAACUUACCGGAAUCACACAGAAAGUGGUGGAUGAGGCGGAAACAUUCCAUCAGGUUCUAAAGCGAGCAGUUUCCUGGCUACAGGAAAAAGAACUUGGUACAAAAUACACGUAUACAUUUUUAACAGAUGGGUCAUGGGACAUGGGAAAAUUUCUUCAUACCCAGUGCAAACUGAGUUGCAUCAGAUUCCCACCGUUUGCCAGAAAAUGGAUCAAUAUCAGAAAGUCUUAUGGAAACUUUUAUAAAGUUCCUCGUACUCAGACAAAACUAAUCUGCAUGCUGGAGAAUCUUGGUAUGCAGUAUGAUGGACGUCCACACUGUGGUCUAGAUGACUCCCACAACAUUGCCAGAAUUGCCAUUCACAUGCUGAAGGACGGCUGUCAGCUGCGGGUGAAUGAGUGCUUGCAUUCAGGAGAACCACGGAGCGUGCCUAUCUCUGCCCCUAUAGAAGGAGCCCCAGCACCUCAAAACCCCAAGAAAAGAAACUAAAAUGAACAGUUGAAAGACUCUUUCCCAAAAAUAACAUUGCUUAAUGUGGACAAAUGUGAAAACCUGUCUCAUUGUGAAUGAGAUUGUGUAAUUCAUGUGUCUCAUUGUGUAAUGCAUGUUGCACAUCCAAUUAAAAACUCAAUUUUGUUUUCAGUGGUCAAUAAACAUUUUUUAUGA